CCCACGAGACCACCCCAGCCCUGUUCUCCAGGCAGUGGACCUGGACUAACACGCAGUGGAGGUCCACGGAGCUCGGAUAGCAGUCGGGAAGGCUCGGGGUCGACGUUUCCGCGGAGUUUGGCGAUCUGUUCUUGCUGGUGAGCCCUCAGCCUCUCUUGCUGUGCCUGUUGCCACGCCGUCAGUUGCUUCAGUCGCUGCAGAACCUGCAGAUGCUCGGCCGCCACUGGCAGGCCCGUCGACAACGCAUCCACCAUAGUUUUCAACCACACAGAGAAUGAUAUCGACAACAACAAACAAGACAACAACAACGCCUCUUUCCUUAUCAACCACUUUAUCUACAACCGCACGACUGACCCGCCAAAAUCGCGGCUCCGUUCACGCUACACGUGGAAUCCGUAUACUAUCUCCGUGUCACGUCAUGUCCAAGGCCCUGGAGGAUUUUCUCCGUUCCCAGCUGUCCACCAGCGUCCUGAGACCUCUGGGGGCGGCAGGAGGAGGAUGCAUCAGUGAUGGGAGGAGCUACCUCACAGACUCUGGACAGGUUUUCGUCAAACACAACACAAAAAGAGAGGCAGAGGUAAUGUUCAAGGGAGAGGCAGCCAGUCUGGAGGCAAUUCUGAAAACGGACACUCUGCGAGUCCCCAAACCUGUGAAGGUGGCAGAGUAUCCAGGCGGAGGGUGGGUUCUAGUCACAGAACAUCUCAACAUUGGGAGUCUGCGGAGUCAGCAAGCUGCCCUCGGCAGACAACUUGCCAGACUGCAUCUUCACAACAUCUCAUCUCUUGAGAAGAGUAACAGAAUUGGAGUUGGAGAAGAGGAGGUGGGAGAGUGUGUGGAUCAGUUUGGGUUCAUCUGUGACACAUGCUGUGGACUGCUACCAAUGCCCAAUGAGUGGAGGAAAGACUGGGUGGAAUUCUACUGCCAGAUGAGGCUGGGGAAACAGUUGGAACUAGUGCAGCAAAAUUAUGGGGAUCGUGAGGCGGCUGAGCUGUGGACACGACUGCAGCGGUGCAUCCCAAGACUGUUCAGAGGAAUCACAGUUCAGCCCUCACUGCUACACGGAGACCUCUGGUCUGGCAAUGCAGGACAGGUUGAACAAACCCCAGUUGCAUAUGAUCCUGCAUCGUUCUAUGGGCACCACGAAUUUGACCUGGCCAUUACCACAAUGUUUGGAGGAUUCUCCCCCGAGUUUUACUCUUCCUACCACGACCUCAUCCCCAGAGCAGACGGCUUCUCUGAUCGCAGUCAGCUCUACCUCCUCUUUCACUACCUCAACCAUUGGAAUCAUUUUGGAUCAGGCUACAGAUCACAGAGCAUUGCUAUCAUGAAGAAACUUGUACAGCACGAUACUCUGUAACAACACGUUGUCGCACAUUACGCAUGCGCAGUGGUUUAUUCCGAACCGCCCGAAACCAGUUUGAACUGAGGUAGACCGGUCGUUGUAGUCUGACGGUGCAGCUAGUUCCAAUUCAAUCGAGAGUCCCAGAGAAUGUCGACGACACAACCAGUAGCUACCUUCAAGGUAAAAGCCGGGACGGCUGCCGAACGUUACGAUUUAGCGGCAAGAUUCUGUUGGCGCGCAUUAUUUGGAACUAUUUCCCCUCCAACAGUUGGUUUUGGUGGGGGACGGCGGUACUGGGAAGACCACGUUCGUCAAGAGGCACUUGACGGGCGAGUUCGAGAAGAAGUAUGUCGCGACCCUGGGUGUGGAGGUUCACCCGCUGGUUUUCUACACCAACCGAGGUCCCAUCAGGUUCAACGUGUGGGACACGGCGGGUCAGGAGAAGUUUGGGGGACUCCGCGACGGCUACUACAUCCAGGGCCAGUGUGCCAUCAUCAUGUUUGACGUGACGGCUCGCGUUACGUACAAGAACGUCCCCAACUGGCACCGGGACCUGGUCAGAGUCUGCGACAACAUACCCAUAGUCCUGUGUGGGAACAAGGUGGACAUCAAGGACAGGAAAGUCAAGGCCAAGAACAUCAUCUUCCACAGGAAAAAGAACCUCCAGUACUAUGACAUCAGUGCAAAGAGCAACUACAACUUUGAGAAGCCGUUUCUCUGGCUGGCCCGCAAGCUGACGGGAGACCCUAACCUGGAGUUUGUGGAGAUGCCAGCCCUCGAGCCGCCAGAGGUCCAGAUGGAUCCCAGCAUGGCUCUCAAGUACGAACAGGAGCUCAAGAUUGCCGCGCAGACUGCCUUACCUGACGGAGACGACGAUGACGACGACCUGUAGAUUACUGAUUAUUAAUUUAACCUGUCCCUGCAACAAUGCAGUUUAUAUACUUGAUUGUCUGUCACUUUGAGUGUUCUGUGUACAUUUUGAUUGCGUUCCUGUGGCCUUUGAAGAUUUACGUCAUG